AUCUCAACGAAAUGGAUCGAAAGAUUGUUUUUGCUCUUCUUCUCUUGGUGUCUCUCAACGUUUCUACGGUUUAUGGAUGGAGUUCUCUUGGUCGCUCUCUACUCCGCUUAACGCAUGCACUUAAACCUUUAGCUCGCCGAUCAGGGUGGGAUCAACGAGCUGCUUCUUUGAACUUUGCUCCAGAAAUUGAGGAUGAAUUAGAAGCGUCUGAGAUGGAUCGUAUCAUGCAACAAAUGGCAGACGAAAAACAAGACUAGUGCGGGUGGAAUAAGAGUCAACCAUUCAGUGAGGGUGAACUUGUCAUUGAACGAAACAAAGUGUUAAACCAAUAAACGGAAAUAAAAUGU